UGGCAUUGGAAAUACUUUAUAUGUACGGGAGAAAUGAACUUUCAAUUGCUGCACAAUGAAAAUUUGAUAUUCUAUAUAUGUAUAACAGUGAUGACUUGGAAAGGAAAGUAGUACAAAAACAAUACCAGCUCCAAUGGCUUAAAACGGUAAAAUGGGAAGCUACAAUUAGAACACGGCAAAUAUCUUGAGACAAGACACGCUCUGAAGUGUCCAUGAGCCAACAUGACUUACGACUUCCCACUAAAGCCAUGGGAAAGUUGUUUAUCUUUCCUAAAGGAAGAUUACCAAAUACAUGUAGAAGAAAUGGAUUUUCGGAAACCAGAUGCAAACCGAUGGCAGAAUAUUUAUUGUCAGCUGUUAGAGCUUAUGACUGAAGUACCUGUGGACAGUAUUAUACAGAAAGCUGUUCUCCAAUCAUCACAGUACUUUGAGCACCCAGAACUGUAUGAAGAUACCAUGCCUCUGAUGAUUGUUACUCUGGCUUUGCAACGUUUCCUUGUUACCUGUGGUAUCAUGGACUUCAGUGUCAAGGACCUACAGGCACCAACACCUGGAAGAGUCACCAAAAUUUGCAGUGCUGUCAUUAAUUUCAUGCUGUUCAGAAAUAAACAGAUGGAAGUUUUUCUGAAUUUGAAAGAAAAAAAUGAGAAGUUCCGGGAACAACAUGAAGGUCUCUUACAAACCAAUGAGGGUCUAAAGAGAAAGAUUAAUUCAAUCAAGGCAGAAAAAGCCAAACAAGAGCCUGCUAUACGAUGUAUUCAAGAAGAAUAUGAACAACUGCAGAAUGAUCUUCAGGCCAAAAUGAAGAUCAAAGCUCAGCAGCAACAACGAAUUAAUGAGCUCAGGAUCACGAUUGCUGAGAAGAAAGCACAGCUGGAUCAAGUGCGUAUGAUGGCAGCUAAAGCAAAAGAAGAUGGAGAAGUUGUAUCCAAAAAGAUUAUCCAGUCACCAGAACGUGUGAUGGCAGAGGAAGACAAAGCUCGUGAGGGGCUCGCUGUUCUUAAAGUCACACUGGAGCGCAAGGUGGGGCGCCUCAUGGAGCUACAGCAACAGGUGGAGGGUGUACAAGUGUCGGAUAACAAUGUUGGGAAGGCCUUCAAGAUGUUACAGGAUGUACAGGUGGACAUUGACAAGGAAAAUGAGAUCUGUAAAGAAAUUCAAAACAUCAGUGACAAGAUACAGGAGCAGAAAAAUCAUAUGAGUGACUUCUCAUCCAAGAUAGACCAACUCAACCAUCUAGUGUCAAGUCGACAGGAAAAAAUGUCCAAGUUAAACCUGCAGCAUCAGCAGAAAAUGAGGGCAACACAGGAAAGCACACAGCAACUAAAGGAAGAAAAAGAAUUCUAUGAAAGGAAAAACAGUGAUGAUGAGAAGAAGAAGAAUUCUGUAGUACAAGACAAACAAAGGUUACAACAGGAAUUGAGGAAGGAGAAACAGAUUUUGGAGGAAAAAAUCAACUUGGCCCAAACUGCUUAUCAAGAAAUGAUGCAUACUGUUGAUAACUACCAUGCUGCUAUCGGAAAAGGCUGGGAAGCACUCAGACAGGAAAUGAGAAGCUCUUGAAUUCUCCAGGAUUUUAACUAUACCUGUCAAUUGACUGAAGGACAUUGGACUGGGACAUUAUGGCGCAGUGUAAUCUCGUGGCUAUAGUUAACCAGUGUUGUUACUCAGCUAGAGUACAAUAGUGAAGUCUGACUGAAGAAUUGGGUAUUAUCUGUUUGUUAAUUACAGGAGAACAGACAAGAUGUUAAACCAUUUAAGUGGGAUAUCUACAAAUGUCAAGAUGGAUGUGACAUUGUUUUCAAAAUCAAGGGGUUUGUAAAGUGGUUUUAUAUCCAGUCAGUGCUACUAUCAAUUGUGUAUUUAUCUUGACAUGUAUAUAUCAACAGUUAUUCUAUUUCUUUACUCUUUUAUCAGCACAAUUUCAUCUUCUCUUCAAGUCCAUCUCUUUGUACAUCUAUAUCUUUAUUUCUCCCCUACAUUUUCUGCACCUAUGUACAGACACAAAUUACCUGAAUAUAAAAGUACAACACUGAAACUUAUAAAGUCUUGAUGCAGCUAAUAGCUAGUACAACCAGUUUAUUAUUAACAGAUUUAGUACACCCAUGCUUAUAAGGAACAAAGUGAUAUUCCUUGUGCCAUGGGUUUUAUGAACUCAGAAUUCUAACAUGUUCACUACUGGUACAUUGUAUCAUAUCUAUCUUCUGGUUCAGUUGGUUUCUCAAUGUUGAACUUGUGUGUUUUGACAUUUUCAUCAGGAUAUACACUGCCUUAUACAUUACAUGUAUAUAAUCUAUAUAGGUCUGUAGUGCAACAUGUUUCUUUUAAAGAGUGUUUAGUACCAGUAUAUACUCCAUUUUAACAUGGUGUGUAACUGUAACUUUAUUUCUUUAACUCACAAGCAUUUACUUAGUGAUAUUACUUGUCUCAGAAGACGUUUGUUGAAAACUAAGACGAUUGUCUUCCACAAUUCCAGGAAAAAAUUACAAAUACAUAGAAUUAAUCCUAUGUUAUAAAAUUAGUUACAUAUACUUCUCUCAUGUUAAGUUAUCAUGGUCUUCAUCAAUCUAUAUAUUUUACUACAAUUAUGAAACAAGUUUAUUGAUCCAGGCUACAUUAGUUUUUACCACAGUUGUCAACACAAUUUCGUUGGUUUGUAUUUAAUUAUACAAUAAAGAAUAUAUCCAUAAUUUAAUAUCUUACCUUUUCCUCCUUAAUACUUUCUGUUUUGUACAUCAUAUGAAACACUUUGUAUAUUGUGGAAAGGCAAUG